AGAGUAAGAAAUCAAGGAUUACAGUCAAUAGUCUAUUGUAAUUUCCUCUUUAUUAGUGAAUCGUGCCUUUCAAUAAACUUUCACAAGCAAAUGACGGUCUAUUAAAGGUUUAAUUUGAUGACAAACGGCUGAUCGUUAUGGAGCCCAUCGCAGAAGGUGUAUGGUCGGGGCGGGCGCGCGUCUCCGAGGUCUAUUAGCAUGCACGCAGCGCCGCGGCCCGCCUACUUACCAUGAGCAAUGCGGAACGCACUCGGGUCACUUGGAGAAUUUAAUUGUGUUCCAUUAUCAUAUUUAGGUUCUUUUACGGUAAGUCAAAAGUGAAAACUGAAUGGGAGUCGUCGCCGUUUGUCAUUCGUCAGUCGCGAUCGAUGGAGACAACUUCUUUCGGACGGUAGCUCGAGGAUUAACAGCGAAAGCAGUCGUUCGAAUUAGUUUGACGAUAUUAUGUUUGAGUGCGUGUGCGGCCGCGAUCGUAGGGCCUGUCGCAAACUCUACGAGUAAAUCUACGAAGACGGAUACUUACCUCGACGCUUACUCGAAGUCUCGUGUUGAAGCAGAGAAAUCUAAGCAAGGCGUUAUUAUAAUAACGGCUAAGGACGGCGAGAAAAAGAUUUCAAAUCGCGACGACAGCUACCAAUCGGUAUAUGACUACUCACCGCCGUAUUCCAACGGGGACAACAACGGCUUCGGUUCGUCUGGUUCUAGUUAUCCGGAUUCUACUACAUCGAAUAGCUACCUACCUCCUUCUAGUUAUGGACCUCCGGUUAAAUUCGAGUCGGAUAUCACGUAUAAUGCUCCUCCGAAUACUUACGGACCGCCAUCUUCGAGUUACGGGCCCCCAGCAUCAAGUUACGGACCGCCAUCUUCAAGUUACGGGCCCCCUGCAUCGAGCUACGGUCCCCCGGCGCAAAGUUACGGUCCUCCCGCAGCGUCUUACGGACCACCAUCUAACUCCUACGGUCCCCCGAUCCACAAGCCUCCUCCUCCAAUUUACGGCCCCCCUCUGAAGCCUUCAUACGGUAUACCAUAUACUGCUCCUGGGCUUAGCUUUUUUGACAAAUUAUCUUUGAAAUUGGAUAUACUUACGAUUGCAAAGCUGAUGCUGAAGUUCCUUAUAUUUAAGAAGAUCGUAACAAUGAUUGCUGUGGUGUGCAUGCUUCUUGUUAUACCCAAACUUAUCUCCUUUAAAAAAGACGAUGGCGGUAACGGUAACGCCAACGAUGAAGAAGAUCGCCAGUUUGGACAUAGUAGAGUGGUAGAGUUGACAUCGGCGCAGCAGCUAUUGGAGCGCGCGCUCGCGGUAUACGCACGCCCGCCAUCUUGCGGCGUCACGUGCCGCGUGCGCAGAGUUAUCGACGACAUUUAUGAAUUCCAACCUUAUUACAGAGCGAACACAUCCGAAUCAUAGAGCAUGUCCACGCAUUUAGUGCCAUUGAAUGUAAAUGUACAAAAAAUGUUAACUUAUUAAUUAAUUUAUUUGUAUUUAUUGAAAACAGUAGUUUUAUAGAGUAGGUAAGUUAAUAAAUUAUUUUAC